AUGCCUGACGAACAAAUACCACGCCCACAAAAUGCUUAUCUGUUAUUUUGUCGUGAUUUCAGAGAACGAAUAAAAAGAAACUGUCCUUGUGAUAGUUGUGCGUAUAAGAAGGUUGGAAUUUCUCAGAUAACAGCGGAAUCCCAAUGCGUGAAAAAUUACUCUUUUAAGGAUGUAUCGAAAUUAGCCUCGAUUAAUUGGAAAAUGCAAUCCGAAGAGGUUAAACGAUACUUCCAUGCCUUGAGUGUUUUGGCAAAAGAAAUUCAUAAAAUUGAAUUUCCUGGAUAUCGAUAUUCUCCGAAGCCAUCACGAAAAAAUAAUAGCAACAAAUCAGCAGUAUUUAUAGAUGAGUCGAAUAAAUUCAAUGAUUCUGAGGAUUCUGAUAAUGUUAGUGAACCUUUUUCAUCGAAUCGUUUUUCGUCCGCCUCUAUCUCAAUCGAAUUGGAAGACCUUUUAGGACUAGUAAACGACCAACCGAUUGCCGCCGAUACAGAAGUCUGUUUGCCGCUUAAUUAUCACAAUGAUAAUAAUUAUGAAGUAGAAAAUUCAAAAGAAAAAAUUUCCUGUAUCUCUGAAAUAAAUGUUCCACCGAAUCCUUUAGACAGUAGCAAAAAUGUAAAUAGUAACAAUAGCAAUUUAGCAUUUUUUGAAAAACAACUGUCGCCAAAACCAUCCCAAAAUAUAUUAGUGUGUCCACCGUCAUCGUCGUUAAAUGAGCAGCCUCAAUUGAUGUCAUCUGGUGUAAAUGAUGAAAACUUCAAUCACUUUGAUUUCUUUAUUGACAACUAUACUGAGUAUGAUGAUGAUACUUUGAAACUAUAUUAUCCUUCUUUACCUUCUUUUUCGUCUACCAAUUUUGAGAAUUUAUCAUUAGAUUUCAACAACCUUCCAGGCUUUGAGUUUUGA